CUCGACGUGACUUUGCCUCUCAUCGACGGACCUUUUUGCGGCACCGGGCACCGUUUUGCCCUACACCAAACCGCCUUGCCACUCAGAAGAUACAUACACAUAGACAACAAUGUCUCAGGAUCUAAGGAAUCGGGCUGGCCAAGGGCUGGCCAAAGUCCUGGGCAUUAAGAUGCCCUACCGUGAUCCUCUGGGGGCUCAUGCCGACCCCGUCACCAGGGGCGAGUCGACAUUCUCAUAUGGCACCGUCGACACAUACUCUUAUCUCGAACCGGAACCCACCACCGCCGAAUGGUUUAAAGAAAUCUGGCCCUCAUGGCACGAUGCUGGCGUCUACUUCUACAGCCUUUUCCCUUUCCUUUCGUGGAUCACACGGUACAACAUGCAGUGGUUAAUGGGUGAUCUUGUCGCUGGUGUAACUGUCGGUGCCGUUGUUAUUCCCCAAGGAAUGGCAUACGCCAAGUUGGCAGAGCUGCCUGUGCAGUAUGGUCUCUACUCGUCUUUCAUGGGCGUGUUACUCUACUGGUUUUUCGCCACCUCCAAGGAUAUUACCAUUGGUCCUGUCGCUGUAAUGUCCACCUUGACCGGAACGAUCGUCCUCCAGGCUGAGGCAGAUCUUCCUGACGUCCCAGGGCAUGUGGUUGCAUCUUGUCUAGCCCUCAUCUGCGGGGCCAUCGUCUGUGCUCUCGGCCUCCUUCGACUCGGUUUCAUCGUUGACUUCAUCCCUCUUCCUGCAAUCUCGGCUUUCAUGACGGGCUCUGCUCUCAACAUUGCCUCCGGUCAAUUUAAAAAGCUGCUCGGAGAGUCAGCCGACUUCUCUACGAGAGAUUCGACGUACAUGAUGAUCAUCAACUCUUUGAAAUACCUUCCUACCGCCGGUAUCGAUGCUGCUUUGGGUGUCACCUCCCUGGCUAUGCUUUACAUGAUCCGCUCCGGUUGCAACUAUGGUGCGCGGAAGUACCCCCGCAGGGCUAAGCUUUGGUUCUUCGCGUCGACUCUGCGAACCGUCUUCGUUAUUCUUUUCUACACAAUGAUCAGUGCGGCGGUCAACCUCCACCGGAAGGACAACCCCAUGUUUGAUGUCUUAGGUAGUGUUCCACGGGGCUUCAAAGAUGCGUCCGUGCCGGUCGUCAAUGCCAGAAUCAUCAAAACAUUUGCCAGCCAGCUCCCCGCCUGUGUCAUUGUUCUCCUUAUCGAGCAUAUCGCUAUUUCCAAGUCGUUUGGUCGCGUUAACAACUACACUAUCGAGCCAUCUCAGGAGCUGGUCGGUAUCGGUGUCACCAACCUGCUUGGACCGUUCCUGGGCGCGUACCCUGCUACUGGAUCAUUUUCCCGGACUGCCAUCAAGUCGAAGGCUGGUGUUAGGACCCCGUUGGCUGGCUGUAUUACCGCGAUCGUUGUGUUGCUGGCCAUCUACGCCUUGACUGCCGUUUUCUACUAUAUCCCCCAAGCUGCUCUGUCGGGUGUCAUUAUCCACGCAGUUGGAGACCUAAUCACCCCUCCUAACACCCUAUACCAGUUCUGGCGCGUCUCUCCGCUCGAUGCGAUCAUCUUUAUGGUCGGUGUCCUCGUCACUGUGUUCACCUCCAUCGAGGAUGGAAUCUACUGUACCAUCUGCAUCUCAAUUGCCGUCUUGCUUUUCCGUGUCGCCAAGGCCCGCGGUCAGUUCCUUGGACGCGUUACCAUCCACUCCGUUGUGGGCGAUCAUCUGGUGCAAGGGGAUGGCAAGUAUGGACCUGGCAACUCCCCCGAUGCGCCUACCGAGGACGAGAACCGCCGUUCCAUCUUCCUUCCGAUCAACCACACCGAUGGAUCGAACCCUGAAGUUGAGGUGGAGCAGCCGCACCCCGGUAUCUUCAUCUACCGAUUCUCCGAGGGCUUCAACUACCCGAACGCCAACCACUACACGGACUCCUUGGUCCAGGCAGUCUUCCGACAGACGCGUCGCACAAACCCCUUCUCCUACCAACGCCCCGGUGAUCGGCCAUGGAAUGACCCCGCCCCUCCGAAGGGCAAGGGAGAGGAGGCCCGCUCGCAACGCCCCAUCCUCCGGGCCAUCAUUCUCGACUUCUCGUCGGUUAACAACGUGGAUGUGACAUCCAUCCAAAACUUGAUCGAUGUCCGCAACCAGCUUGACCUCUACGCCUCUCCUCGCACUGUGCAGUGGCACUUUGCUCACAUCAACAACCGUUGGACCAAGCGGGCGCUGGCAGCCGCGGGCUUCGGCUACCCGACACCGACCUCCGACGACGGAUUCCACCGGUGGAAGCCGAUUUUCAGCGUGGCCGAGAUCGAGGGCCGAGCAUCCGCUGCGGCCCACGCCGAGAUGGUCAACAACGAGCAGGCUCACCAGCAGGCCGUCAAGCGCGACCUGGAGGACGGCAUCAAGCAGGGCGCGCACGCAACGGAGCACGAGACCCACGGCAUCGAUAUCGAAGCGUCGUCCGACAACAGCAGCGCUCAGGAUGACAAGCUGCACCGGGAUCUCAAGGACAGCAAAGCGUACCAGAAUCGGCGGAAGGUGGCCGUGGUGCAGGGCAUCAACCGGCCUUUCUUCCACAUCGAUCUGACCAGUGCGCUGGAGAGUUCCCUGGCCAACUCCCCCCCGGAGGAGCCCAUCCCGGAGCCCGAAAUGAACCUAUGAAGAAUUGAUGAUCCUCCCUGGCUGGAGCCUCUCGAUGAUUGAUUGCAUUUGAUUGAUGGUUUUCUUUUGUCUCGUCUUAUCUUCUCAACAGUUCAAAUCAUCCACUGUGGAUUGAAGCUAUACCCCUGAUGUAUUCUAG